AUGCGAGUAUUCAACCUCCUGGCGUUGUUGCCUGUGGUCCUUGCGAACCCUUUGGUCCAAAAGCGUACGACAGCAUGCAACAACUCUCCUGAUCUCUGCUCCAAGUCCUAUGGAGCAAUUACACACCUAGGCGCCCACGACAGUCCCUUUGUGCGCGACAGUGAAAGUGGCAACUCGCUAGCUGCCAACCAGUACUACGACACUCCAACACAACUAUCAGCCGGUGUCCGACUAGUAACAGCCCAAGUCCACAAGAGCAACUCCCAAUGGCGUCUAUGCCAUUCCAGUUGCGACCUGCUCGAUGCGGGGUUGUUGAGUGAUUGGCUGGCGGAUAUCAAGACGUGGUUGGAUGACAAUCCAAAUGAGGUGGUCACAAUCCUGCUAGUCAACUCCGACGAUGCUACCGCCUCCGAUCUCAACACCGAAUUCACAACAGCCAACAUCACCGACUACGCCUACGAGCCUACCACCCAAGGCACCGCACCAACCACCUGGCCAACCCUCCAAACCAUGAUCGACGACGGCAAGCGGCUGGUCGUCUUCGUGGCUUCCAUAGAAACCAGCACCAGCCACCCCUACCUGAUGUCCGAAUGGAGCUACAUCUGGGAGAAUCCAUACGACGUAGCCUCCGCAUCGAACUUCACAUGCGAAGUGGACCGACCGGCAACAUACAAGGGUAACAGCGCAUCCGCACUAUCGGCCAACCUCCUCCCAUUGAUGAACCACUUCCUGUACUCGAACAACCUCGCAAUUCUGGAUGUGCAGUACCCGAACUCCAGCUACGUGAGCACAACGAAUGCCGCGUCCGGUGGAACGGGUAAUCUGGGCACUGCGGCGACAACCUGUAAGAAGGCGUGGAAUGGACGACAGCCGACUUUUAUCAUGGUUGAUUUCUUCAACCGCGGUCCGGCGAUUGAUACCGUUGAUAACUUGAAUAAUGUUACCAAUGCGGUUGGUCGUAAGUCUGUCUCGGCGUCUUCGACUAGCGAUGCCUCGUCGACGAGUAAUGUGUUCAAGGCGCUUGUUGAACUUGCGGCAUCGGCUAGGUCGGGGACGUCGGUGUCGAUGGGGAAUUGGAUUUGGACUGGUGGGAACUGGGGUAAUCUGCUCGGUGGGGGGAUUUCUUUCUGA